AAGUUUCAUCCCGUUUUCGCCCAACUGUGGCUAUAGAGGGCAUACCAGUGGAACAAGAUGACUGCUGUGCUUCAGAAAUCACGGUUGAAAGUACAUCACAAUACAUUGUACCGGAGGAAUCCCAAAUGUUGAAAAUAUCAAAAUGCAAAGGAGAAUAUCUUAUGGCAAUAAACGACAAAUGUAAAGAUUCCGAAAUUAUCAACGAAAAAAUUAUCAACUUUUCAGGCUUAAAUGCAUUAUCCCUUACUACUGAAUCUGACGAAUGUGAUGAAACACUUAUCUUUGAAUCCAAUAGAUAUAUCAAGGACAAAAAUAUUGAAGUUAUAAUAAAUGAAGAAGAUAAAAGUCUUACAAGUUUGAAUACUACUGCAUCUAACGAACGUGACGAAAUACUUAUAGUCGAAUCUAACAAUUAUGAUAUUACUAAUAACAACAACAUAUCUAAUAAAUGUAACAUUGUAGACUAUUCGUCAAGUGCAGAUAGCCCCGUUGACGAUUCUGACGCUGAUCCAAACUAUGCAUGUUCUGAUAAAUCUGAAAGUCACAAAGGGACGUCAGCCGAUUCCAUAUCCCUUUCAAGUGAACAUAAUACAGAAACCGAAAAUGAGGUAGUGCAUAAAGCCACAAGAAAAAGAAAACGUAAUUAUAGGAAUUGGAAGUCCACUAUUAGAAAGACAAAGAGAGUCUCAGGUGAAUGCUAUGUUUCGAAGAAUAAGAAAGUGGUAAGAGCCCGUAAACUUGGACCCCCAUGUCAUUUAAAUUGCAAAAUAAAAUGCCAACAAAAUUUCUGCGAAGAUGAGCGUGAGGGUAUUUUGAAACAAUUUUGGUCUGUAGAAGCUGAUAUAAACCAAAAACGCCAGUUUGUAGCUUCUUGUGUAAAAGUACAAAACGUUAAAGUACGACGAGUAAGAACGGGAGAAAGACAAGGAAAGAGAAGUCAGUCGCUUUACUAUUCCUUUACAAAAAAUAACUUGUUUACUCCUGUUUGUAAAACAUUUUUUUUGCAUACUCUUGAUAUUUCGCAAAGUUUUGUAAGAACCGCUUUAGCCAAAAGAGGAGAUGGUGGAAUAGUUAUAGAAGAUAAGCGGGGAAAAAAAGUUCCUCCCAAUAAAACUAGUGAAGAUAUUAAAAACGGUAUCCGAGAACAUAUUAUGAAAUUUCCGGUUGAGGAGUCGCAUUACAGGCGUGAAAAUUCUGUGAAAAAAUAUUUAGGAUCCCAUUUAAAUAUAACUAAAAUGUAUGAACUUUACAAAGAAGAAUGUCAAGACAGGAACAUCCCAAACGAGUGUAUUGCAAAACAGUGGAUCUACAAUGAAAUUUUUAAUACCGAAUUCAAUUACGCAUUUAAGUCACCUUAUAAUGAUACCUGCGAUGAGUGCGAUUAUUUACAGAUUCAGCUCAGGGAUUCGUCAACAUUAAAUGACAGAAUGUUCAUUCAGCAAAAAUACGAUGAGCACUUAAAAGAAGCCACUAAGAGAUACGAGUUAAAAAGAAUUGACAAACAGCGAUCAUUGGAAAAUUUAAAAGAAAAGGUCAUAAUGGUCGACCUUGAAAAAUGUCUCCCUACACCAGUGCUUACGAACGCACAAAAUUUUUAUUCAUUAAAGUUGUGGACAUUUAAUUACACCAUACAUGACGCAUCUAAAAAAAAUGUGUAUUGUUGUAUGUGGGACGAAUCGAUUGCUGGGCGAGGUGUUAAUGAAAUGGCGUCUUGCCUUUUAAAAUGGGCACAGAUAGCCAUAGGAAAUGAUGUAGAAGAACUGACUAUAUGGUCCGACAACUGUCCAUCACAAAACCGGAACUUAGCCAUGAUCAUCUGCUAUUUUUAUAUUCUCAAACUCUUUCCUCAACUUAAAGUUAUAAAUCAUAAGUUCCUCUUAAGAGGUCACACCCACUUAGAAGCUGACUCUGACCAUUCAAUGAUUGAAAGGGCAACAAAAAAACAACCACAAUUCCAAAUAAUGACCCCAUGGGAUUGGCAACAAGUUGCUAGAAUAGCAAGCCGGAACAAGCCCUUUCAUGUCAUUGGAAUGGAAACUACGGAUUUUAAGGAUUUUAAAAGUCUUUACACCGCCUCACAAUCAUCCUAUAUUUCCCGAAAAAAAAACAUUGACGGAGAAUUGUUUCUAAUAUCUAAGGCCAUACAUUUAAAAGUUAAUUCUGAAAGUCAUGGAAUUUUGUAUUACAAAAAUAAUUUUGAUGAUGAUUUUUCCCAACUCGAUCUAAACAGAAACCGUCGUAACCCCACCUCACAGCUCGAAAAUAUACCCAUUAUACGAAAUAGUUCAAAUCCAAUAACCACAAGGAAGUACCAAAAUUUACAAAACCUUCUUAAAUGGGUACCAAAGGUCUUUCACCCAUUUUACCAGAAUCUAGUUCAUAGUGAGAAGACAGGCGAAGCUGAUGAUAAUUAAUGUUUUCUAUUUAUUUAUU